AUGUCUUUACCAAAUCUUUUUCUAGAAGAAUUAGGCCUGGAUAAAUAUGAGAAUAAUGAAUUAGUACAAGAAGUUGCACAAGAUUUAUGGAACUUCUUUCAGUCCAAAAGUUGUGAAUGCCGAAUGAGAAAAACUCAACAAUGCUUUGAAAAAGUUGGGUUUCAACAUUUUUUUGAACGACAUAUGCAGUUUCGUGGUUUAGAUAAAAAAGAAUUAGACUUAGUUUUAAUAGGGCAACUUAUGGCAUUUGAAUAUAAUCAAAUAAAUGAAGAUAUUGGACGAAGAUUUAAUUAUCAAUUUAAUAAUAACAUUAAAUUAUGUAAAAAUACAUAUCUUAAGUUAAUUAGAAUUGGAGAAUUUCAUUUUACUCAAAUUAAAAAACAUUUUAUAAAUGAAGGAUUAGUUGAACGAUUACAUGUUCAUCAAUUUAUAAUAAAUUAUGCUAAUCUACAUGGAUAUCCGUCUCCUGGUCGACACUUACAACAUGAUACACAAUCUAUUAUUUAUUUACCUACUGAAAAAGAUUAUGCUAAAGUGUAUACUGAUUUUAUAGAAUGUUUAAAUAUAUUUCUAGACAAACUAUUUAAUAAAAUUAGUUAUGCAAGCUUUAUACGUCUUUGGAAAGAAUUAACUCCACAUAUUAAAUUUAUGUCACCUGGUACAGAUUUAUAUGAACUAUGUGAAACUUUAAAAAUACAAAUUCAAAGUGCAAAUUAUGAUGAUGAAAAAAAACUUUUGCAAAAAAAAUUAUAUGAUCAUAAAAAAGAUGCAGAGAUAGAACGAGAAUAUUAUCGUAACAAUAUAAUAACAAGCAUAACUCUAUCUAAUAUGGCCUAUAUAUGUUAUGAUUUUGCACAAAAUGUUCCUGUACCUUAUUCUCCUCAACAAAUUGGUGCAACAUAUUUUAAAUCAGCAUUUCAAACACAUAUUUUUGACAUUUGUAAUACUGGACAGAAUCUAGCUCAACAAUUAAAUUACAUAAUCGGUGAAAAUGAAUUUCCACAAGGCAUACAUAAAGGAGCAAAUACAACACUAAACCUUGUAUACAAUGGAUUACACUGA